AUGCCUCGAUCUGCUGAGUCGAGUAUUGGCCUUAAAAUCAACAUGGGAGGCAUUAAUUCCCAACAGGACAGCGGAAAAGAGGCCUCCAACGUGUCCUGUAUGCUCAUGGCCGCUGUUGUGUCUCCUCCAGAUGCAGUUCCAAAGGAUGAAGUAUCAUGGAUUGAUAAUCAACUCUUUGACUCAGCUUUGGAAGAGAAGGCUGAAAUAGUUAGCAUUGAUGUAAAGCGCGCCACAAGUAAGGGAGAUAAUUUUCAAAGUAGCCUUUACCGAACACGAGUGGAAUACCGAAUCCCGGGAUCCGAUGCAAUAGUCGUCAAGGAUUUCAUUGUCAAAUCGCUUCCACCAGGAGAAUUCAUGCAAAUGUGGAUUCUUCAAUCAGGCAUUUUCAGAACGGAAAUAUCAGUCUACAGCAAAGCUUUACCGAACAUGUACACUUUUGCUGAUUCCCGACUUGGAGAAACAUUCAAAAAGUUUACUCCUCGUUUCUACCAGACAACGCGACCAAACACGUUGGUACUUGAAGAUCUCAAAGCUCAGAAAUUUACAAUGGUGCCAAGAAAGGAUCGGCUUGAUUACACACAUGCAAAAUUAGUCUUAUUGUACUUGGCUCGCUUCCAUGCGUUAUCUAUCGCGUACAGUGCAUCACACUCUGAUUUUUUCUCUGAUUUCGAAGAGACCAUGUUUUCUGAAAAAUUCCGUCAAUUUUUUGAUCAAUUUUUUCCGCCAAUUGCUGGUACCUUGAUUGCUGCAGUCAAGUCUUGGGAUGGCUUUGGUGAUAUAGUUAAAAAAUUGGAGAGAAAUCAGUCAAAAUUUGUGGAUAAAUUGUUAGAGGUAUGUAAACCUGCUGAGAAAUUUACGAACGUUCUCGUUCAUGGUGACUGCUGGAUGAACAACAUAUUAUUUGAAUAUUCUGAGUCGGGAGAACCUAUAGACCUGAGGUUUGUUGACUUCCAAGCGUCAAGGAAGUCUUCUCCAGCUAUCGAUCUGCACUACUUCCUUUUCACGAGCCUUCAAAAUGAAGUGCGAAAUAAAAAGUUUGAUGAUCUGCUGCAGAUUUAUUGCACCGAAGUUGCAAGGUUUGCAAAACAGCUUGGUUACAAUGAAUCUAUCUUCACUUACGAUGAGCUCCGUCAAGAGAUGGAUCGAACACUGUUUUUUGGAUUCAAUUCAGCAAUAACUACAAUGGCCGGUUUGCUGGCCAAUCCUGAUGACACUCCCGACAUGAAAGAUAUGACACAGGAAAAACUGGAAAAAGGAGAUGUUCAAAUAUUCAACAAAACAUAUGAAAAUCCUGUAUUCCGAGAGAUAUUCCAAGAUUUGUUACCGUAUUUUGACAAACAUGGUGUGUUCGACUAGAUAUCUUUUAUUUUACUCAGAUAUAAUUCUAAAUGUUCUGCUUAUACAAUUAUUUAAAAAUAAAAACUAACAUAAUGUUGAUAGUGCUUACAGCUGAUUAUGUAUUGAAUGUUCAGUUUCAAUGAGUAAAAUGAUUAUGGCGACUUGACACUCUUCAUAAUUUUACAUUACAACUGUUAGUUAAGAUACAUAUGAAACGAAUGGGAAUAUAACAAAAGCUACUUUACGCACUUAAAAUAUUAAAAAAAUAUUCAAAGCUAUAAGUGUACUUCGACGACUAAAUAAAAGUUAUGCUUUAAGUGACAAUGUGCUUUAAUAUGUAUCAGAAAUAUUUUGUGUAAUAUUUUGUGUUAAUUGUAAUGUAUUUUUAUUUUAUUGUUUUUUAUUUGUCAAAUAAUUUUCUUUUUUUUCUUCCAAUAUAUAACCAUUACAAAUAUCCUCCCGAUACAUAAAAAUAAAUAUUGCUAAUACAUCGAUCCAGGAAGAUAAACUUUUAUUUAUUUAGGUUCGAAAUUUAUGUAUAUUACACUUGAUGAUCAGAUACUACUAUAACAUUACGAAUAUAAUUUCAUCAUUCGCAUGUUCAUCCUAAAUUUAAAAAACAAAUCCUUCUAAGACUGUUGUCGAUUUUCAUUAUUCACAUGUUUCGCACUAAUAUAAUUUUAUGUAUUAAUGCUUCUAUGUCAGCCUGACAAUAAAUAAAUAAUUUAUUAUGAAG